AUGCAUGGGGUUUGGGGUUUGGGGCUAGGUCGUGGGAAACCCUGGUUACCGUCACGGAUUGCCCACAAACCCAAACCGUUACGCCAGUUGACCGAAAGUUUCACCCCCCCCAAACAUUACAACGACCACCCACCAUUUCGACGCCGUCAAUAUCGCUUUUUAGGAACCCCUCCCACAUCACACAAAUCACCAAACAUCACAAUGUCGAACGUUGUCGUCAAUGUCUCCUCUGACCUUCUGUGGGCCAUCACCAGGAACAACUCCUCCUACAUCGUCAAGCGUGGUGUUGGAAAUGAGCGGGUCACCUUCUCCAAGGAGCCUUUGAACUUGACCAACAAGCACUCUCGCAAGCACUCCGGACUUGUCAACGAGAAGGCUGUUGGCGUUCAGGCUAACGAGAAUGGCGGUGUUACUUUGAUCACCAAGAAGAGCCACGAGAAGUACGGCUCAAAGCCCGCCUCCCUCUAUGACACCACCGCGUUCUCAAAGAACAAGUCUCAGCGCAAGACCUAUGCUGCGAUUGUCAACCGUGUCGCUAAGAAGCACUACCGACCCGACCUCCGCCAGGAGGCUGUUGCUCGUGCCAGUGCCAUCAAGAGGUCGCAGAGACCCGUCAAGGCCACCCCUGCCAGCAAGCCGAGAGGUGUCAAGGCCAAGGCCGCCGCCGAGAAGGCUUAG